GUUCUUGAGCGUGCAUUUGACGCAGAAAUAGCAAAAAGCAGCAUGUCGUUCGAUUUGGGAGGGCUUAAUGUGAACCAGGUGACAGCAGCAGGGAAUGCUCUCUCUGCGGAUGCCUCAAAAUAUGUUAAUGAUGCAAAUCUUGAAAUGCAGUGGGCUAUGAAAGCUUACCAUCAUGCGGAAACAUAUUUCAAUUUGCUGUGUUCUGUUGACACUUCAUUGCUGAAACUGACAAAGAAAGAUGAUGAGAUUUAUGAACACUUUCGAAAAACCUUCCCAGACAUGGCUGUUGACAUCCUUCAGGAAAAUGAAUUGAAGACAAAUGAUGCAAAAUCUAUAUGGCGUCCAUUUGUACAGAGCUAUGAGGGUGAAAUUGAGGAUUAUAAUUUUGGAACACUUGUACGCAAAGAUAGUUCCGGAGAUAUAUCUGAUGAUAACACAAUUCUUGUUUUAAGAAUCCAGUUCUUGGCCAUAGAGAUAGCAAGGAAUCGUGAAGGCCUCAACACCGCAGUACGGGAAAAAGCAAAGAAACAGAAAGAAGAAUCAAAGUCAUAGCACAAACCCUUUUAUAUUAGGAUGAAUAUGGAUGAGGAUCAGUUUUCAUAACUCUAAUACUGUGAACGUAAAAAAUUUGUGAGGGAGAAAUUUACGCUAAAAAUGCAAUGGCAAUUCAGCUGUGAAAAUUUCACUUGCAUGUAUUUUGUGACAUAUAUGGUAUUUAUGGAACAGAUACAAAAGAAAUUUGUGGGAAAUAAACACCAUACAUAUAAUUUACCUGUCAAAAUCGUGAAACUAAACCUAGCCACGUUUACAGUAGAUAUAUACGAAAAUAGUCCAUAAUAUUGCAAAGAUACUGCAGUGCUGUUUGAUCCACUACAAAUAAACAUUGUUGGACCUAACGACAGAUGAAUUGGAGUAUUAAUAUAAUUACCAGUAUGUAUGAAACUUCUGCUACCUGGGGUGUGCCUUGGUACUGUACUUGAGCUCCAGUGAGUGAGAAAUGCAGGCUUUCUGAUCCAGAUCGGUGACUCUCUUCAUAAUGUUGUCUGACCAUUUACAUUUAUUUCAUGGUGUAUCCUCCAUUUUUGACAAUUUGUGUCUGUUGCCAGAAUUUCAUUCGGAAUGAUAUUUUUUGACUGACUGAAGCUACUGCAGAGUAUUUUCAGUUCCUGUUUUUGCUGUACAUAUAUUUGUGGGUACAGAUGGACUGUUGUAAAAAUACACAAUCUCCUGAAACUUCAUCAUGGUAUUAAAAACUGCACCUUACUUUUGUUGGAAACUUCAGUUAAAUACUGUUACAUAGAAUAUAUAGAAAUGGAAAGGUUUUGAUUAAAAUGGGCUUUGUUUAAACUCUUGUUAUAUAUCUACAUGACAACGACAACAGACAGGAGAAAGGGGGGGGGGGGGGGGGGGGGGGGGGGGGGGUGCUUGGUUACAAAUUAUUUCCGUCAUGGCAGGAAUAUAUGAGGGAAUAUGUGUUUUACAAGUAUUCUCAAUUUGACAGAUUGUCAAGUUGUAUAAGGCAAAGUGGAUUAUAUUGUAUUGUAUCCGAUUAUUACAUAUGGUUUAACCCAAAAUGCUUUGACAGCAUGUUAUUUUAUCUUCUAUGUUGACAAUUCACCUUACUGCUAUAUGCUUUGAUAUUAAAGACAUGCUGUACAGUCAA